AUGACAUCCCCGCUACUGGCUUAUAUCCUACUUCUUUCAGCCCUUCAUACCUGCUCUCUAACAAUCGAGUCCGAGGAGGACUACGAGGAUGUCACUGUGAACCAGAUGCUGGCUCCUAAAUCCCAGCAAACCGACGCCACGGAAAUACUCAAUAAUUUACUGAAAGAAUAUGACAAGAAACUGCGACCGGAUAUUGGAGUUAAACCAACUGUCAUUGACGUUGAUAUAUACGUGAACAGUAUCGGGCCAGUUUCUUCAAUAAAUAUGGAAUAUCAAAUUGACAUCAUCUUUGCCCAGACGUGGACCGACAGUCGCCUCAGAUACAACAGCACAAUGAAAAUACUGACUCUGAACAGCAACAUGGUUGGACUUAUUUGGCUACCUGACACCAUCUUCAGAAACUCCAAGACUGCAGAUUCCCACUGGAUUACAAUGCCUAACCAGCUGCUCAGGAUAUGGAACGAUGGGAAGAUACUUUAUACCUUAAGGUUGACCAUAAACGCAGAGUGCCAGCUGCAGCUGCACAACUUUCCAAUGGAUGAACAUUCAUGUCCGCUCAUCUUCUCCAGCUAUGGAUACCCACAAGAUGAAAUGAUUUACAAGUGGAGGAAGAACUCUGUGGAGGCGGCUGACCAAAAGUCCUGGCGUCUGUACCAGUUUGAUUUUAUGGGCCUGAGGAACACUACAGACGUCAUAAAGACUACAGCAGGCGACUACGUGGUGAUGACCGUGUACUUUGACCUGAGCAGAAGAAUGGGCUACUUCACCAUCCAGACAUACAUCCCCUGCAUCCUCACUGUGGUUUUGUCCUGGGUGUCCUUCUGGAUUAAAAAAGAUGCCACUCCAGCCAGAACAGCUUUAGUCCUGUGGAACAUUUUUUGUGAAGGUAUAACCACAGUUCUGACCAUGACCACUCUCAGUACUGUGGCCAGGACAUCACUGCCCAGAGUGUCUUAUGUCACCGCCAUGGACCUUUUUGUCACCGUCUGCUUCCUGUUUGUCUUUGCUGCUCUGAUGGAGUACGCUACGUUAAAUUACUACUCGUACAGCGUUCGAAGACCCAGCUACAUGGAACCGAAAAGACUGAACUACUCAGUCCUCGAUGUGAGACCUCCUCCACACACAGUCAUCGCUUUAAACAACUCCAUGUACUGGCAGGAAUUUGAAGACCCUUGUGUCUACGAGUGUCUGGACGGAAAAGACUGCCAGAGCUUCUUCUGCUGUUUCGAGGAGUGUAAAGAAGGCGGUUGGAGGAGAGGCCGCGUCCACAUAGAUGUACAUGAACUGGACGCAUACUCCCGCGUUUUUUUUCCCACCUCCUUCUUACUCUUCAACAUCGUCUACUGGGUAGGCUAUCUCUACCUUUAGCACACUGAGGGUGCCUGCUUGGUUUCAGGAGAUGGACAGUGCAGCUUAACAGAGGUAAUUCAAUCUGAAUAAAAGGUAACACCAAAUAAACUCUUUCCUGUGGACCCUGAAGA